UAGUCGCUUACGACCAACGUUGAUCUCUAGAUUUAUCCUUGGCGCCAUAUUGGACAGUUAAUAUGGCACCGGGAGUCUAUUCACAGCUAUCCAACCAAGAGAAGAUUGAUAUACGACGGAUCCGUGGUCAGCUGUCUUGUGCUGAAUGUCGUAGACUAAAACUAAAAUGCGAUAAACAUGUCCCUUGUGCCUCGUGCGUUCGCAGGGGUUGUGAAUCAAUAUGCCCAACAGGAACACUGUCAAAUUGUUCCGGGAAAAAAUUGGUCAUAUCCGAAACUGGUACACUACAUCAGAAAGUAGAAGAAAUGGGGCAACGGAUACAAGAAUUAGAGGAGGCAUUGCGCGAUUUUCAGGCUUCAACUUCAACAGAACCGCAUCCGCUUUUGCGGCAAGAACUGCUGGUAAUUAAAUAUCCGCCCGGAAUGGCUCUUCCUUCUACGCAGACCCCAGAUAAUACAACUAUGGAAUUAUCGGACGCUCUGGGCACGCUCACUAUAGGCGAUCAUGGAGACGCUAAGUACUUUGGCCACUCCGCGGGCACAGAGAGCUUGUUGUUAGCUGGUGCUGAAAUGCAGGGUAGCUCCAUAGACAACUCUGUACGAGUGAUUCACCGGCUGUCACCCAAUUUUCCUCUGGACAAUUCAUCCGGAUGGGACAUCGAACAAUCCCUAGAAAUACUUUACGGCUUUCUUCCUUCAAAACAUCGUGCUUGGAGCUUGUGUGAAACUUUCCAUGAGCAUGGCAUCGCGGGGAACCUAAUCAUGGAGCGAAGUGAAAUUAUUGCUGAGCUCCUUACUCCAAUCUAUCGGUAUCUGGGAGAUGGAAAGCAACAUCGCCAAGGGAAACCCCCGCCUUUGUCUUGCCAUAAACUGGCUGUCUUAUUCUUGGUAUUCGGGUUGGGUGCCCUGGUUGAUUUAACUCUUCCGCCGUAUAACACUGAGGCUGAUAAUUACUUUGACCUUGGUUGUGCUGCGCUGAACCUCCACCACAUAUUCAAGAACCCCGAGAUGGCAACUGUACAGGCUGUUUCGCUCAUGGCUGUGUACGUUUCGCAUGGCGGCCGGAGAUUUUCCGUGGAUGGAGCCUGGACUUUAACUUCUAUGGCUGCCAAGUUGGCACAAAGCCUCGGUCUUCAUCGGGAAAGUUCACAAUGGACAAUGGAUGCGAAGACGCUAAACAAAAGGAGAAAAAUAUUUUGGGAGGUUUUCUACAUAGACACCUUCAUGAGUCUAACUCUUGGGCGCCCUCCGUCAAUUCGCCUCAGUUACGUCAACUGCCAAUUCCCGAUAGACGACGAAGAGACUCUUGAUAAUGAUGGCAACCGCUUACCGGGAUAUAGUCGAUAUAGAUAUGACUUUACAAAAAAGAUCGUCGCCAAAGUUGUCGAACUUGUCCUUGGUGCAAAACCGCCGUCCUAUCAGACCAUUCUUGAAUUGGACAAAGAGUUCCGCCAAAUGCGCCUUCCACAUCAUAUCAGUGCAAAAAAAAACCGAAAAUUGGAAGAGCUGUCUACACCUUCUGAAUAUAUGCGUGGACACUUUCUUUCGCGGUUACGAGCAAUGACUGGACUGUAUAUACAUCGGCCGUUCUUUGUUCAGGCCAUACUGGGCCAUCCUGCAGAUCCGUUGUGCAGUCCAUUCGCGGCGUCGUAUCUUGCCGCCUACCGGUGCGCUUCCGGCAUCAUCCAGUUCAAUGUCAAGCACUUUGCAAAAUUUCCGUUGUUAUUGAUGCGCUGGUGGACUAUCUGGAGUGGAUUAUUUUCCGCCGCUGUUGUUGUAGCAACUAUAGCCACAAGAGCCCCACCCUCACCGAUGGCAUCAAAGGCAUUCGCUGAUCUAGGCCUGGUCGUUGAUUUGUUUGAGAAAGGUGCUCUUCAUUCAGUGCGAGCACGCAGCGGUCUGACAAUACUUCGACCGCUACGCGAUAAAGCAGUUUCUAUCUUUUCUCAGAGACAAGAUCCCAGUGCCUCCAAUUUUCCAGAUGACUCUAAUGAGUCUAAUGCUGCUGCCGACCUCGAAUUAGAAAUAUUUGGUGGACACACCAAAGUUAUCGUUAGCAAAAUGCUUUCACAAAGGCGCACAUUCAAGGCAGCCGAGCCACCCACAUCUAUGAUGGAUUCCACACCAGAUCCGAGUUCGAUGCCGGACGAGUCGCUUGUCGAUUAUGUGAUCUCACAUAUAGGCGAUCAUACGCUUUACCAAUCUGACGAUAUUCCAUCUGCGACAUACACGUCUAACCCAUUUAGUUCCAUCCCUACAACGUACAAUGACCCUCUUCAGGACCCCUCAUUCGAGAGCAUGGAUUUCUCCAUGCAUCCAACACCACCGUUCUUUCAGCAGCAGGAGCAAGUCGAUAACCCGACUAUGUCGUCUUUUUUAUCCAUGAAUCCGGAUAACACAAGCGACUCAUCGCUUAUGCAGCUGUUGGACUUCAUGCCCCCUUUCGACAACACUCAAUCCGAUGCACGGAUGUCUGAUGAGCAUAAUGACUGGUCCUCUUUCAUGCCAGAGCCACCUACGAUGGAUGUUCCAACACCGAACUUUUAUGAUAUGUAGAGGCAGGUCAUAGUGUUAUAUUGCAUUCAUACAUUCAUUGUUGUGUAUUAUCAUCCAUUAUUUUACUUCAAUAGCAGCAUUUAUAGAACCGUUGUUCUUGUAAAGUCAGCUGCUGAGGGUG